AGGGCACCUCGCUUCAGAAAUGCAGCUUCUGGAAACCGUGUUGCAGGAAUCCACAAUGAGAAAUUAAGUUGCAUGUUCUUAUUCUGCUUCGUGUGAAACGCGCUGUUUAUAAGCGCGGUAUCGACAGGAAGUUCUUCACCACGCGGCUGGCCCGCUGUGGACUCGGGGUUAUAUCAGAGACCCCGACGCGCUGGAAGCACAAGCCUCGUGACCUCAGUGCUCUGCCGUACAGCUGGCAUCAUGCGCCUCCUCGCCUUUGGGUUCCUCUCUUCUCUCAUUCUACCAGCUGCCGAGGCGGUGGUAGUCCAAUACCCGCCCUUGGUAAGAGCCGAGGUCGGGGGCUCAGUUAACUUGUCCUGCGAUCUCGGGGACUUGACGCGGUUCUGCUACACGGUAAUGUGGCUCAGAUUCCAGUCGGAGACAUCUGUACUGACUCCAUACACGAACCAGAGUCCGGCAAGCCACGGCAGCGCUGGAGCAGAGAAGAUAUGCAAUUUCCCCAUCAGCAACCUGCAAGCGAGCGAUUCGGGCACGUACUAUUGUGCUGUUGUGAACGGGCCAGUAGCGCAUUUUGGCAACGGAUCCACUCUGGUUGUAAAAAAACACUCUCUCGGACCCCCAUCCAUUGCAAUCCUCUCCCCCUCUGCCGGGGAAGUCCAGUCCGGCGGUUCCGCUACUUUAGUGUGUCUGGUGUUCGGGGUAUCCGAGCAGGCUCGCGUCUACUGGGACAUAGCGGGGAGUGUUCGACACGGACUGACCGACUCCGGAUCCGGAGAUUCCAGUGAAUCCACUUCGGACUUUAUCAGGAAUCAGAUCACAAUUCCGGGCGAGGUCUGGAGCAGCGGGGCCGCGUGUACCUGUGUAGUGGAAACAGAGAGCGGGCGCAAUAUGAGCAAAAGCGUGACAAAGAUUGAACACGGUGGCGUUGAUUUCUCUUUGCUGCAGAUGAGAAGCUUGGAGAUAGUUUCAUUUCUCACGGCGGUUAUUAUAAUAAUAGCCGCAAUGCGUUGUGUGUCGAAGAGGAAUUAACGCCUGAAAUAUGCGCUCUUAUUUCAACCUCAAAACUUGCAUUCGAUCCUGUGCAUUGUGCAAUCUAACUGUGUAGCGCUAGAUAUUUGCAGCCAGUGUUUUCCUGGGAGGAGCAACAUUUUCUUUCUAAAACAAAUAAUUUUACAAAUAAAUGACUGCAAUGCUACCUGUUUUCAUUUAAAAGUAGUUGCUUCCUGUUUGUUCCUCUGUUUGGAAACGCUUCACUGUAACAGAUCAGAUAGCUUAAAAUACCAUUGAAGUUUAUUAUUUUCAUGUUUUAAUUAUUCUUAGUGUUGGUCCUGGGUCGUGCUGCUCCGAUACCGAGCUAUUGUCAUUCUUCUGUAAAUCUGUGUGUACCUUUUGCAAUUUUGUUUUGUAAAAUUAGAAUAUAGUGCUGUAUGCGCUAUGCACAGGAUCGGUACUGAGGAGAAGACUGUCGACUAAUCCUUAACUGUUGAUUUCUCGAGCGUGAUUUAUAAUAGCAUUCAAUACACAUCGAAUACAGCUUCCUGCUACCAAAGGGCAAGAGUAAUAGACUUGUUAAAGAGUUGUUUUUUUUUUAAAUAUACGUUUGGAAAUGUAUUUACUUUUAUUUAAAAUAGUCUUUUUUAUUAUAAUCCUUUUUAUGCUAUAGGGCAGCAGUGUGGAGUAGUGGUUAGGGCUCUGGACUCUUGACCGGAGGGUCGUGGGUUCAAUCCCAGGUGGGGGGACACUGCUGCUGUACCCUUGAGCAAGGUACUUUACCUAGAUUGCUCCAGUAAAAACCCAACUGUAUAAAUGGUUAAUUGUAUGUAAAAAUAAUGUGAUA